AUGGCAUGUGUCGAACAUGGAACGCCUUCAAAUGAUCCGAUGAUCAGUCAAAUCUGCGCCACAGCUGAAAAUGACGUUUUGGCGACUACAAUUACAGUGGCCGGAGGUCCUAUUGUGAAUGUACUGCUAGCAUAUUCUAAGUUGAUAGUUCUGCAAGAGAAGCGGAUACAUGUCUUUCAAUUUCCCAAUCUCUGUGAACUGAUUAGAACAGAAGAAGUAAGAUGCAACCCGACCGGUCUGGCCACAAUUGGUUGCGAUUUCAACGCAUUGAAUAAUCAAGCAACGCUUUUGGCGACGGGAUCUACUAAAGGCACAGUCAUCAGGAUAUUUGACAAAAAUUCUGUCGUGACGCGAUGUCUCAUGGAAUUUCGGCGAGGUGCUGAUCCCUGCACCUUGCACUGUCUGCAGUUCUCCCCUUGCUCUAGUUUUCUUGCCGUAACCAGCGACAAAGGUACCAUCCAUAUCUUCACACUUCGUGACAGUGACGAUGCGAGAAGAGGUCUACUUCACAAGGUUGAAUUGACGAAGGGAGAACGGCGGAGUUCUGUGCAGAUCUCGUUGGAGCCACGAGUAUUGGCUUGUGGUUUCAUCAAAGGAGAUUUUACCCGUAAGCGCAGCAUGUCUUUUCACGACGAGGAUUACACUCCGCAAUACUAUGAUCUGGAUACUGCACCUGGUGAUCAGGAUAUGGAGUAUGAGCGUCAAGUUGAUGGAAAGGAAAAUAGGGUGAGAAGAAAUCAAGGCGCUUUUCUGAGCGACGAUAGUACCAAUGUCAUUCACAGACGCAGUCAGACUUUCUAUGAAGACAUGCAACUUGCUACAAAUCUGAAUGAUAGGAGGGCUUAUGUACAGCGAAAAUGUAGCAGCGACGAGAAACGCCGUAAGAUUUCUCAUGAGUCAUGCAAUUCUGUUGCUUCGACUGCAAAUGCGCUGCCGGUAACGAAUACGUUUUCGGAGGCAGUGAACAGCAUCACAGGAGAAAAUUCUUUGUCUUUAGUGAAAUUAGGAAAACUUGUACGCCAAUUCGAAAUGAAUCUUGAAAAUAAGGAACUGCUAGCGACAAAGAUGAAAGAAGUGAAUGCCAUUAAUCUGCAGCAAGUCAAGAGUAUGCAAAACGCAAUCGACUCAAUGAGACCAUCAUCAGACUCAGUCGUGAGAACUUUAGCUGGAAUCAUAGAAGAGCAAAGCAAUAUCAUAGCUGGACUAAGUCUGACUGUAGACGUAAUUCUCUCCAAUCAGCAAGAACAUGGAAAGCAGUUACGGAAAGCUUCAUAUCACAUAGCGAAAGGCAACGAAUUUACUUUACCGGCAGGACAUGUAUUUGAGCGAAAGAAUUUCACGAAGUCGUGGAAAUUUAACGGGUUUCCUCCAUUCAAGAAUGCUAACAUGGUCGAGUUAUUUGAGAAUUGGACGCAGCCAUCAAGGGCACACAAAAAUGACCAUUUUUUGUUAAUGAUGGAUUUUUAUAGGUUCUAUUUUUUGCAUGUAAGUGAGGCUAAAAUUUCGAGUCUAUACUGA